GGACAAGCUGUUGUAAAAUUAAAUAGCAAACACGAAUAGUCAUUUGAAAUGCCGGCAUUACAUCAGAUGUCAUAUUAUGCCACCGCCAUUUUUGUAUGAUUGUCGACUUGACAGAUCAUUUGUUUGUCAUUUCUGUUCGAGUGCGCGAAAAAUUUUACACAAUAAUUUACACACAACUUCAUUCGUGAAAAUGAUGCAAAUCAACGAUUUAAACGAAAACAACCAUCUCAAACUACAAUUCGACAUUGUUAAACCUAUGUGUAGAUGUUGUUUAUCCACAGGCAGGCGAAUGAUAAAGGCCGCUAUAUAUGAUUUACUCUUUAAAGAUUUAGCCGGAAUAAACGUGUCGGAGUCAGAUGGCCUGCCGCAGUGGCUGUGCUGGGAGUGUUGUGCGCUCCUCCGCAAGGCAGUCCGAUUCAAACAGAAAAUGUUGAGGGCACACGCUUUAUUGUACGAAUACUCUCAUCGAUGUGCACCGUUCCCGAUUGAUGCCGAAGACCAGGAGCUGACGAAGUAUGCUUCCCCGCAGCUGUGCAGGUCGGAAACACUGCUCUUUGAGCUGGUGGAUAAGAGUGAACUCGGCUACCACGAGCCUGUUACCCACGAUACUGGUCAUCCGUUGGACAACUUGGACCCUGCACUAUCGGCAAAUGCUGACGAAGUGAAAAAUGAAUUUGACAAUUUCUCCGACUGCGAUUACGAGGAUAACAUAGCUCUCAUCGAAUAUAAAGACAGACUGUUGGAUGACCUUAGCGGAUUAUUAGAAAAUCCAGCUGCUGAAAUCGUAAGCGAAGAAAGGGAAAAACGGAAGAAGAAAUCCAAGAAGAAGGAGGCCAAAGUGAAGAAGAAGAGGAAGAAGAAUAAUAGUGACGAACUGACAGAAACAGAUACGGAAACACCCAAAGAGCGGAAAUCGUCGAUAAGGAAGCCUUUAGUGAUCGACCCCGAGAAAAUAUUGACAAUUAACCUCAACCCCGAGGAACAGAUACGCCAGAGAGAGGAGGAAAGCAAAUCUGGUGUUAAGUUCCCCUUCCAAUGUAACCUGUGCUACAAAGGAUUCAAUUUCGAGACCAAACUGGAGAACCACAUGAAGAAACACAGCCCGUCUCGCGGCACUUUCGCGUGUAAAAUCUGCCACAUGUUUCUGCCGACCUCGUACAGUUACAACGUUCACAUGCUGAUACACACGAGACGAUACGAAUGUAGGGAGUGUGGCAGAAGGAUGAUCGACCGAGCCUCCAUAUUGGACCAUUAUAGGACUCAGCAUGAGGGGUUGGUCACAUUAUACACGUGCGAUAUUUGCGGCAAAAUAUCCAACAAUAACAAAACUCAUCGCGGCCACAUGAGGAACCAUCACAGCGGCGCGAGACCGAAAUGCGAUCAAUGCGGGAAAACGUUCGUCAACAAGGACGGACUCACCGAACAUAUGCUCAUUCACCAAGGCAUCAAGAACUACGUUUGCGCGACGUGCGGCGCUAAGUUCCGCACUCGGACGCAGAUCAAGCUGCAUCAGUUGGUUCAUUCCGACGCGAAGGACUUUUACUGCGUGGAAUGCGAUGUGAGAUUCAAGACUGCGUACACACUGCGGCAACAUUUGCUGAAGUCACUCAAACACAAGGACAUGCAGAGUUUCAAGUUCCCGUGCCCCGUGUGCGACAAGCGGUUCGAGAGUCCGGGCGGGCUGCGCGCGCACUCUCUGAUCCAGCACGAGGGCGUGCGCGCGCACCGGUGCGGCGCGUGCCCGGCCGCGCUCGCGUCGCGCGCGUCGCUGCUCAAGCACGUGCGCAGCGUGCACCGCGGGCGCCGGCCCCCGCCCAAGCACGUGUGCCACACCUGCGGGAAGGCGUUCCGGGGCAAGAGUGUCCUCGUGAACCACGUUCGCACCCACACGGGCGAGAAGCCAUUCUCGUGCUCCGAGUGCGGCCGCAGCUUCACGCAGCGCACCGCCAUGCGGACCCACGUGCGGCUCGUGCACCUCAAGCAGCCCCGACACGCCAAGGUCAAACCGGAAGCGCCAGCAGCGCCGGAACCGAAAGUGUUCGCGAAACAAGAACCGCCGCUGGACGCGUGGGGCCGCGCGCAGACAUCCGACAUAUACUUCCAUGUACCUGUUUAAUCAAUGCCUAGUCUAAUGAUAAUGUGUUUGUGUUGUAAGCAUGCUAAUAAUAAUAAUAAUAAAAAACUCUAAUUUAAGAAAUAAAUGAAUAUUUUUCGAAUGUAUUAUGAUGGUUUUAUUUAGGUCUGUUGCGGCGACAUCUAUAUGCCCCACAUGUAACUAACG